UAUAAAGCCGGCGGCAUACGAACGGAGGAGGAGUAGUCUCCCAAAAGAAUUAACCUAAAAAUCCUUGGCAGAGAGAAAGAGAGACCAACGACCAAGAAGAUGAUUAUCCCUGUUCGUUGCUUCACUUGUGGAAAGGUGAUUGGAAACAAAUGGGAUCAGUAUCUUGAUCUCCUCCAGCUUGACUACACUGAAGGGGACGCACUUGAUGCACUCCAACUAGUCAGAUACUGCUGCAGGCGUAUGCUAAUGACUCAUGUUGAUCUGAUUGAGAAGCUUCUCAACUACAACACUCUGGAAAAAUCAGACAACAGUUAGAAGCGGAUGCAAAUUUGGUGGAAGAGUUUUCCUCUUUAGAGGCUUAUAUAUCAAUAUGUAUGGAAACAGUUGGUGUCUGUGGUGUAGAAACCUUAAAUUCCAUCUAAAUCAUAUGUAUGUCACUACUUUCUUGUGUCGUGUGGGUGAUUCAAUAUCAUAUUUUCUGACCUGAAAGAUUUGUCCGUGUGAAA